GGAGAGGAGCCGCGGUCGGCGGGACUUCCGUGUUGGCGGGAUUCUGAACGCUGCCAUGGCUCAGACCGUGCAGAACGUUACACUGUCGCUCACGCUGCCCAUCACGUGCCACAUUUGCUUGGGGAAGGUACGCCAGCCUGUCAUAUGCAUCAACAACCAUGUAUUUUGCUCAAUUUGUAUCGAUUUGUGGUUGAAGAACAAUAGCCAAUGUCCAGCUUGCAGAGUCCCUAUCACUUCUGAAAAUCCUUGCAAAGAGAUUAUAGGGGGAACAAGUGAAAGUGAACCUACACUAAGCCAUACAGUCAGGAAGCACCUUCGGAAAACUAGACUUGAAUUACUCCACAAGGAAUAUGAGGAUGAAAUAGAUUGCUUGCAGAAAGAGGUAGAAGAGCUUAAGAGUAAAAAUCUAAGCUUGGAAUCACAGAUCAAGACUAUUCUGGAUCCUUUAACCUUGGUGCAGAGCAACCAAAGUGAAGAAAAACCUCUAGUCACGGACAGCCCAAGUGCAGUUGACCCAGACACCGUGACAGAGUGGAAGAAAAAACUCAGAACAGCUAACGAAAUUUAUGAAAGGGCGAAAGAUGAUGUGGAGAAGUUAAAGGAGGCUAAUAAAAAAUUGAAAUUGGAAAAUGGUGGCCUGGUGAGGGAGAAUUUACGACUAAAGGCUGAAAUUGAUAACAGAUCUCCCCAGAAGUUUGGAAGGUUUACAGUUGCUGCUCUUCAGUCCAAAGUAGAACAGUAUGAACGUGAAACCAAUCGCCUCAAGAAAGCCCUGGAACGAAGUGAUAAAUAUAUAGAGGAACUGGAAUCUCAGAUUUCACAGCUAAAAAAUUCAAAUGAAGAGAAGGAAGCUUUGAAUUCCAUUUGCCAGAGGUCACUUUCUGCAGAUGACAAGGGAAACACAGGCAGUGAGGAAGAUGUGGCAUCCAAGAAUCAAGGUGAUAGUGCCAGAAAGCAGCCUGGCUCAUCCACCUCAAGUUCUUCUCACCUGGCAAAACCCUCCAGCAGCAGACACUGUGACACCAGUUCUGCCAGGCAGGAAAGUGCCCCCAAAACAGAGCUCAGCUGCUCUAAUAACAAAGACCUAUAUCAAAAACCAGUAGAAAUAAUGUUAGAUGUGACAGAUACAAGUAUGGAUACUUAUUUGGAAAGAGAAUGGGGUAAUAAACCAAGUGACUGUGUAUCCUACAAAGAUGAAGAACUUUAUGAUCUUCCAGCUCCUUGUACUCCUCUGUCCCUUAGUUGCCUUCAGCUCAAUACUCCAGAAAAUAGAGAGAACUCUGUAGUCAAAGCAGGAUGUUCCAAAAACCAUUCAAACCAUCUCAGAAAAUUGGUGUUUGAAGAUUUUUGUGAUUCUUCAAGUGUUUCUAAUAAGGAUUCUUCAGAAGAUGAUAUAAGUAGAAGUGAAAAUGAAAAGCAAUCAGAAUGUUUUACUUCCCCAAAGACAGGAUUUUGGAACUGUUGUUCUACAAGCUAUGUCCAAAACUUAGAUUUUGAAAGUUCAGAGGGGAACACGAUAGCAAAUUCUGUUGGAGAAAUAUCUUCAAAAUUGAGUGAGAAAUCAGGUUCAUGUUUAUCUAAGAGGUUGAAUUCUAUUCGCUCUUUUGAAAUGAAUCGGACAAGAACAUCUAGUGAAGCAUCAAUGGAUGCUGCUUACCUUGACAAAAUCUCUGAGUUGGACUCAAUGAUGUCAGAGUCAGACAACAGCAAAAGCCCUUGUAAUAAUGGUUUUAAGUCAGUGGAUUUGGAUGGGUUAUCAAAGUCAUCUCCAAGUAGUGAAUUUCUUGAAGAAUCUGAUAAGUUGGAAGAAAAAACUAAGCUAAACCUUUCCAAAGGUUCUCUUACUACUGAUCAGUUAGAAAAUGGAAAUGAGUGGAAACCCACUUCUUUUUUUCUCCUCUCUCCAUCUGACCAAGAAAUGAAUGAAGAUUUUUCACUCCAUCCCAAUUCUAAUCCAGGAACUAAUGAAAUCAAACCCCCGAGCUGUUUGUUUCAAACCGAGUUUUCCCACAGCGUUUUGUUAAGCAGUUCACAUCGACUAUUUGAAGAUCAAAGGUUUGGGUCAUCUUUGUUUAAGAUGUCCUCUGAGAUGCACAAUCUUAACCACCUUCAGUCUCCUUGGUCUACUUCCUUUGUGCCUGAAAAGAGGAAUAAAAACGUGAAUCAAUCAACAAAAAGAAAAAUCCAGAGCAGCCUUUCCAAUGCCAGCCCAUCAAAAGCAACUAAAAGUUGACUCAUUAGAAAGGUGUCAUUUAUGUUUUUGUCCUGAGAGGAAUAUGAAAGUUUUUAAAGUUACUUUUUUUUCCUUUCACAAAAGUUCUAUAAUUUUGAAUUGAUAAUCUUUUGUUAGGUGUCAAGUCAUAAUGAUGGAUUAACCUGUACCCAGAAUACUUUUGUUCUUUUUUUUUUUCAUUUUGAAAAAACUUUGGUCUUUUUAGUUUUAUUUGGGCAUCUUUUUGACCAGAGAAGUUAGGGAGAGGGGUUUUUUUUUUUCCUUUUGUUUUUAAACAAAGUUUAUGUGUCUGGGUUGGGGGUACAUUGUUCUUUUUUUUAAUCUUAUUUAACUGUUAGCUACAGUGGCCUGUUAGUAAGCCUUAGUUAUCUUCAGAACUUGGACUUCUUAAAUAAAAUGUUUAGUUUUGUCUACAUACUGUUCAUAAGACAUUUAAAUUUCUUUAAAGCUUUUUCUAGAGUGGAAAUUAUUUUGCCUGUUUAUUUUAUUUAUGUUUAGUGAUGGCCUAACUUUUAUGCAAGGCCAUGAUGGAGAAAUAGCACUCUAAUCUUAGUCCAGUGUUGAUUUACCUUUUUUUUAGGUUUUAUGUAUAUGUAUGCUUUGUCCAGUUUUUGUGGAAACGUCCUAGUAAAAAAGAAUACAAUUUUGUAUAUGAAAAUAUUUGUUUGAUGUCAGGUAGCCGAUAUUUGCUCGUGUGUGUGUGUGUGUGUGUGUGUGUGUGUGUGUGUGUGUGUGUGUGUAAAGUCAGAAAUUGAACAUACUUGGAAAGAAGGCAUGGAGCAGUUGGUUGUAGAAGAGCCUAAAAACUGUAGCUUUGUUGUUUCAGAUGUAGAGAUUCAAAAGAGGAGCUCAUUGACAAGUUUUUGAUCCACUUGCAUCACAGGGGAGUGUUUUUGGGAGUGAUAAAGUUCUUGUUUGCAUGUUACUGUUCUUUGUGGAAACUGUAUGCAUGGUAGCAUUUUUGCUUGCUGUGUUUUCCAUACUAAAGAAAAAGAAAUUUCAAUUGGCUAAUAGAAUAUCUUUUAUGUAGGACAAACAUCAUUUUUUUUCCCCAUGAAGAGUGUUGAGGGGGUGAGGAUAGGUAAGAGGUAAAGCACAAUUUUUAAUUUAGGCUCUGAAAAAAUCUGUUAUUUUAAACAUGUUUGGUAUGCCUAUAUUGGCCUUCAAAUAUGGGUUUGUGUGAUAAUGACUUGUGUAUCUAAUGUGCACUGAACAUUUCACAUUAAUACAGUACUGUUUUACAUUAAUACUGCAUGCUUUUCUAUGUGAAUUAAAUAAAGGAUGUCAUAAGCACUGUGUUC